AAAACAGUACAAUGUCUAUUUGGUAGUGUUAGAUUAGCACGAGGCCCUGGACUGGUUGUAUUUCACAUCUCCGCUGCUUAAACCCUAAAACUCAGCAGCAGCAGCGCGGCCCCUAUUCACACCCAUACCUUAAAACGGGUGUGUUGGGUAGCAAUGAAUGGAGUCAAUUACUGAAGCUCUACUGUUGUAUCUCUAUGCUCACGCCAUGUUAAUUUUUGUUCGCGGCCUAUUCAGAAAGUCUCAGCACCGUGUAAGCCAUUUGUUAACUUCUCCUACUUCAUCAUCUACUACUACUCCCUUCAUUCCAUUCCCGCAAAACUUGUUCUUCUUUGUCAACAGUUUCCUUUGCUUAUUCAGAUACUCAUUUUCCACAAAUAAUACUACUACUUUUAGUGAUGCCGACUCUAUAGAAAAAAUCAUACGGGAAGAGAAAUGGGAUGAUUUUAGGAUUGUGAGACUCUUUGACUCCGCUUUAGCUCCUAUUUGGAUCCCCAAAAUCCUUUUGGCAUUGAAACAAGAACCAAGAUUAGUUUUGAAGUUUUUCAUGUGGGCCAAAACGCAGACUGCUUUUGUUCAUACUGCGGAGAGUUAUUGUAUUGUAGCUCACAUUUUGUUCUGUUCUAGAAUGUAUAGUGAUACACUUGAUGUUCUAAAAGAGCUGGUUACUUUGAGUGAUGCUAAAAAGGUGUUGCCUUGUUCCCAUGUACUUGAUGUUCUUUGGUCAACGAGGAACACUUGUGUGCCGGGGUAUGGGGUGUUUGAUGCAUUAUUUAGUGUUCUAGUUGAAUUAGGGUUGCUUAAGGAGGCUAGUGAGUGCUUUUCAAGGAUGACAAGUUUUAGAGUUCUUCCCAAAGCACGGUCUUGUAAUUAUCUUUUGCACAGACUCUCUGUGUUAGGCCAUAAAAGCUCAUGCUUGAAGUUCUUCGAGGAUGUGAUUGAGUCUGGAAUUAUUCCAACAGUGUACACCUACAAUAUAAUGAUUGGCUAUUUAUGUAAGGAUGGGGACUUGAAUGCUGCAAAAAGGUUAUUCACUCAGAUGAAGGAUAUUGGCAUUGAUCCAGAUAUAAUUACAUACAAUUCUCUCAUUGAUGGAAUUGGUAAGCAUGGAGAGCUAGACGAUAUGGUUUCUCUAUACGAAGAAAUGAAGAAAGUUGGAUGUUUUCCUGAUGUAGUAACAUAUAAUACACUGAUCAAUUGUUUUUGUCGAUCUGGAAGGAUGGUAUUAGCAUUUAAGUAUCUGCAUGAGAUGAAGAAAAGUGGCUUGAAGCCCAAUGUUGUUACUUAUAGCAUAUUUAUCGAUGUUUUUGCCAAAGAAGGGAUGUUACAAGGAGCUAUCAAGUUCUUUGUUGACAUGAGGCGGGUUGGUCUUGCUCCUAAUGAAUUUACUUAUACUUCGUUGAUUGAUGCACAUUUUAAAGCUGGUAAACUUGAUGAAGCUUUGAAACUUGUUAAAGAGAUGCUAGAGGUAGGAGUUAAGUUAAAUGUUGUGACCUACACGACAUUGGUUGAUGGUCUUUGUAAAGAAGGGAAAAUCAAGGAAGCUGAAGAAGUUUUUAUGGUCAUGCUGAAGGAUGGGAUUAUCCCAAAUUUAGAAGUCUAUACUGCUCUCAUCCUUGGGUAUAUCAAAUCAAAAAGGCUAGUGGAUGCUAUGAAUAUUUUGGAGCAAAUGAAAGAAAAUAAUAUCAGACCAGACGCAUUACUCUAUGGAAUAUUUUUAUGGAGUUUCUGCUCUGAUGAGAAGUUUGAAGAAGCCAAGGUUUUAUUUGAUAAAAUGAAGGGACUUGGAAUAGAAGCAAACUAUGUCAUAUACACAAUACUUGCUGAUGCUUACUUUAAGGCUGGAAAACCCAUAGAAGCACAGACUCUGCUAAAUGAAAUGCAGGAAAGAGAUAUUUCCUCUACUGUUGUGACGUAUUCUGCAUUAAUUGAUGGCUUGUGUCGGUUGGGAUUUGUCCACGAAGCAAUGGACCAUUUCCAUUCAAUGCCAAAAAUGGGUUUGCAUCCUAAUAUUGUGGUCUAUACAGCUCUUAUUCAUGGCCUCUGUAGAAAUAAAUGUCUAGAGGCGGCAGAAAAGCUGUUUGAUGAAAUGCUUGGCAAAGGUAUACUUCCAGAUAAAAUAGUGUAUACAUCCUUGAUUGAUGGAAACCUAAAGCAGGGAAAUAUUCAAGAUGCUUUAGAUUUGCGAAGGAGAAUGACCGAAAGUGGUUUGGAGCUUGACCUUCAUGCCUACACUGCUUUGAUUUGUGGGCUUUCGGAAAAUGGCCAGGUGCCUCAGGCAAGAACUUUUUUUGAUGAAAUGAUUGACAAGGGCGUUAAACCUGAUGAGGUUGUAUAUUCAUGCCUUAUAAGAAAAUAUCAAGAGAUCGGUAAUCUAGAAGAAGUUCUUGCGUUGCAAAAUGAAAUGAUGAAAAGAGGACUUACGUCGGUUACAAGUAGUCGACUAUGCAGUUCUUAAUAUGCAAACCUGAGAAAUAGUAUUUUUCUUCUCUGGUUCUAUCAUUGAAGAGGUUGGAUUAUACUGUGUCUUUUCUCAUAUCCAAUUCAACCCCAUCUCAAUACUGAGAUGAUACCAUUCAUUUUUGUGCUGAGAGAAUUAUCGGCUUGUCCCCUGGGUCUGAUCUCCCUGGAAACAGAGGAAAUGCGGUAACAACAACAACAUACCCAGUAUAUUCCCAUAUUUGGGGUCUGGGGAUAGUGUGUACGCAGACCUUACCCCUACCUAGUGAAGGUAGAGACGUUGUUUCCAAUAGAAAGGUGUAAGCAGCCAACUAUAGGGUGCACACUUUACUGUUAGCCACAUGAGCUCAACCAUGUUGAACGCAGCAACUAGAGGUGCAUGCUCUACUGUUAGCCACAUGAACUCAACCACGGUCCAGUUAAGCAGAAGCUCUCUUGGUCACUUGAUUGCCGAUAUUUCUCAGAGGGAAGUUAGGAAGAAGGAACGAGAAAGCAGGGAAAAGAUACAAAAGAUAAGGAUAAUGAAAUAGAUCCUUUGUUUCUCAUGCAUAUUUUGCAUUCUUUUUGGUUUUAAAUCUGUUAAUGGGAAAAUGGGUUUGUUACCGGCAAAGUUUGUCGAGCAAAAGUGAAGGUAGAAGGCCCACAGGGUUAUGGGAAUGAAAAUAGAGAAAGAUUUCUACAGAGACUGCCAAGAUUUGGUCCAGCCAGAAUUUCAACCAAGAAAAUGACAAUGGGAAAAGGGGUUUUCGCCGGUAAAUUUGGCUUGGAAAAAUGGUUGAAAGCUAGCAAGGAUGGACCUUUUUUCAUUUUUUUCCCAUGACGUGUCAUGAGUGGUGCGUAUCAUGUGCUUCCAAGAGGGAGUGGUCGUAUGUCAUCCAGGAGGGUCUUAGACAUGGAUUUUGCAGAAUUAAGAAGGAUGCCACGAAGAAAAGUGGACAAAAGUGUUGGAGAACUACACCAUACUCAAAUUCGAGUUCAAAUUGAAAGCGAAAUGGUAGAUGCCCUGAGGAUGAAUCUGAAGCCAUUCAGUGAGAUGCAUUGUCGGAGAUGUCUCUCUUCCUUCUUUUUCCCUUCGUCUUUGGUGCAUGAGAGUCUAUGUUACUCAGAUGCGAGUACUCAAUACGAGUGCGGAUAGAGGUUGGAUUCUUCAUCACACAAGUUUUUGGAUUUGGGGUUAUGGAUCUGAGUACAAAUACAGGUGGGAUACUGUCAAUAAAUGUACAUUGAAGCAUAUAUAAGUAUAUAAAAUGAUUAGUAAACCUUAUUGAGCUAAAACUAAUAAAAUAUAAUUCUUAAGAAAUACAUAAUUUUUUAUUCAUAAGAUUUCUCGUGUAAUAGUUAUGCGUUCUCAUACUUUAUAUAACUAUCUACAUAUGAUAUAAACCCAAAACUCAAACCAAGUAGAUGUAGUCAAAGCAUCCAAGGUAAGUUGACCAAAUCCAAUGUGGACCCCUCCUCCUCCACUCACACUCAAAUCAUGUCGGAUCGACAUGGGUGCGGAAGGGAUUUGAAGGGCCCGAGCAACAUAUGUGAGAAUGGAGAGUAACAGGAAUUUUUGAGGGCCCUUCCUAGGAGCUUCUUUGGAGGGUUUGUAGGCUUUUCUUAACGUUAGCUUUAACAUAACUACAAUGGGAUUAGACUAGAGAGCCUCUAUGGUUCUAUUUCCUUCUUAAUUCUCUUAUAUGUUAAUCUGGGAACAUAUUUUUUUGUUUGUUGGUAAUGCGGGGAUGUAUUGUCUUACCUUAUCGCAUCUCUCUUUUCCAUAUCUAUCAAUAAAAUCUUUCCUCCAAGAACUAGCACUGUAAUCUGUUGUUAGUAAGGCUCCAAGUUAAUAAAUCAGCUAAAACCAUAAUAGUAUUAUGCUUUUGAUUUUUCAAUUGGCUUUUCAACUUCUAUUAACUCUACUGUUGUGUGGGCCUGACUUAGCUUAUUCUCUUGUUUUUGGUGAAACUCUUGUUUUUGGUGAACUAUAAUGUCAAGCGCUUAUCCAGGAGCACACCCAUGAUUUUUUCUGGAGCUCAAUACUUGCUUGAUUGUGGAGACCUGGAGAAAUAUCAAGUAUCACUGUAAGUGGUGGAUCUUGAGGAAUUUCUACAACAAUGUGAGUGUCAAGUUUUCAUGGACCAGAUAUAUCAUAAUAUCACCACGAGACGGCAGGGCCAAGAUAUUUUACAGUGUCAUGGUCCAAGCAUGAAGUUGUUGAAGUCAUUCAUUCAGAGUCCUAGGUUUUAGCUCAAUCUUCACAAAAUGAACUGAGCAAGAGGGAGAACUGACCAAGAGGGAGGUUAAGGGGACUCUGUCCUGAAGACUGAGGGGGCUAACAUGAAGUAGUGGUCUCUUUUUUAUAUUAGUUAUACAAAGAUUAUCGAGGACCACAGUUCAAAUUUCAGUGUAUUCAAAAAGCACUAGGUGAUUUCUUCCCAACUAUCUUAACCUUGUUGGAUAGAGUUAAACGAGUACGGCCAGAGAUAGCAGGAAUUCAGUGGUUAGUCGAGGACACCAGCUAUCAAGAAAAGUUGCAGUGAGAUAUUGUUGGAAAAUUCCCUAGUAUAAUAAUUACGAUUUCAAUUUGGAUUUUUGGCCUAUUUCUAUAACGUCAUUUUUUUCUAAACUCAAGGUAUUAUGCUUAUGAGGAUCUGAUUCAUCAAUGUACUUUUAAAAAAAAGAAGCACGAAUCUGAUUUAUCAAUGUAAUUGCUUUGGUAUGGCUAAUAUUUAGUUGGCCGAGUGUGUUAGCUUCUGAUUUGAGGCUAUGCCAACGUUUUCAUUUGUUCUUCUAGACAUCACUGUAUGUUAUCAAGGGGAACAAGGAUGGAUUGGGGUUUUGGGUAAACAGGUGAAGGGGGAAAGAAGUAGAUUCUUUGCAUUGGACAGUUAGAAGCUGUAAACUGAUAUGGAAUCAGUUGUGACCUAGUUUGAUCCGA